AAUGGCUGAGGAUUUAAAAAGAAGAAUAGAUAAUGCAAUUAAAAAUCAUUGGAAUUCACGUGUGAAGAAGAGAAUGCAAGAUUUCAAUGAAAAACUAUAGAACAUCGAAUGA